AUGGACUUUCAGAACCGCGUGGGCUCCAAGCCCGGGUCCGGCGGCGUGGCCUCCGAUUCCCAGAACAAUGUUGACCGCCGUGAGCGUCUGCGCAAGCUUGCGCUGGAGACAGUAGACCUGGCUAAGGACCCGUACUUUAUGAAGAACCACUUAGGCUCGUACGAGUGCAAAUUGUGUCUUACUUUGCACAACAAUGAAGGCAACUACUUGGCGCACACCCAGGGCAAGCGCCACCAGACCAACUUGGCUCGUCGAGCAGCGAAAGAGGCGGCGGAUGUGGCGCAUUCAACAGCUGCCACCAAUCUUCAAGCAGCCAGAGCGGCGGCAGCUGCCGCUGCUUCUCGACCGAGAGCGCUUAAGAUUGGACUGCCCGGAUACAAAGUGACUAAGCAACGGGAACCGGAUACAGGGGCUAGAAUCUUAUUGUUUCAAAUUGCAUACCCAGAGAUAGCCGAAAAAUUGCAGCCCCGCCACCGAUUCAUGUCGGCCUUUGAGCAAAAGGCAGAGACACCGGACAAACGCUGGCAGUAUCUUUUGUUCGCGUGCGAGCCGUACGAGACGGUAGCGUUUAAGAUUCCGAACGAUGAUGUGGAUAAAAGUGAGGGCAAGUUCUUCAGCAACUGGGACAAGGACGCAAAGACGUUUACGCUGCAAUUGACCUUCGCAGCGGGGGACGCGGUCAACAAGAACCAGCCGGCGCCACCCCCACCACGUCCACAACUGCGAUAUCUAUAG